GGCCUUUUAAGCUAUUGCCUCAGACGUUUUGUCAUCAUUCACAUUACGUCAGUGCACCAAGUUUGAUUGUGGGAGAACACAUCAUAAGCAAGUUAUAGGCACUGACACCAUUUAAAAGUCUUUUUUGCCUGAGGCUGUUUGUUGUUGUUUAAAACCUUGUAAUUUCUGUUUCGAUCAACUCUUUAUCAUGGUGAACCAGCAUACCAAGUUUCAUUGUUAAAGGACCAACCAUAAGCAAGUUAGAGGCACAAACACCAUUUACAAGUUUUUGUUGCCUGCAAGGCUGUUUGUUGUUGUUUACAAACUUGUAAUGUUUAAAUUUUGUUACUGAUGAUGGGUUGUACAUGUGUACGAAGUUACGAAGUUUAAUCACUCUGGGUAUUAGCUUUAUCUAGUUAGCACACUUUAUUAACAACGAGAAGAAUAAUUUUGAAAACUAACUUUCUUGAAUAAAUCAGUAACGAUUAUGCGAUUUAAGUCAUUUCUUGGGUAAAUGAAUGCUCUUUGUGACGAUGCGGAUCAGUCUGAUGUGUCUCUGAUUGAAACUGAAAGUGAAACAUGAAAAUCUCAAAUGUAUGGACAUAAUGCAGGAUGACCUGUGUCAUCCCUAUAUACUAAGUACUACCGUACUUAGUGAUAUAUUAAUCCCAAAGUUGUGUUGAAUGUACAUAACUGCAGGUUGAAAGGUAUGCAAAUGAUCCCUUGGUCUGGCAUGGUCCAUGGAAGGCUGGAUGGGGAGCAGCAAUGAUGGAAUCUAUUACUCUGCUCCGUGAGAAUGCAGCCAGGAUCUCUCUUCCCCUGCUGCUUAUGCAUGGCAGCGAGGACAACCUGGUUCCCAUCACUGCAUCCCACUUCAUCAAUGAUAAUGCCACUAGCCAAGAAAAGAAAUUUGAGGUGUUUGAGGGCAGUCAUCAUGAAACUUUACAUGACAAGGAGCAGGAGAGGGCAAGGGAAUUGAUAAAGGAGUGGGUACUAUCUCAUCUCACUGCAGCUCAGGUCACUGAGCCACACUCUCAGUCUGAUUCAUCUGCUGAAACUGAGACAGCCAGGCAACAGGCUCAGGAAGAGAUCGUUAAAGGCAGUAAGCAACCAGGAUCAGCUGAAAAUACAAGUGUUACAGACAGUUUAUAAAUUUUGUUGUUUUGUGUUUUUUGUGUGUGUGUGAGCAGCUGGACAAAAUUAUAGUUGGCAUACCACACAUUGGUUCGUUCCUACGUUAUCUAAUACAAGUGUACAGAUUUGACAACACUUGACUAUCUGUGAAUGUCACAAUAAUAGUGUAUCUCCAAUGCACAUUAAUUACUAAAUGCAUUGUUUUAACCCCAGAAAUCUGUCAAUCUUGUGAUCAAAGUCAAUAGGCCUCAUGAGUGGCUCUUGAUACCCUCUUUUCAUACUGGAGCUGAGGUAUGGAAUCAGACCACACUUUUCCUCAAAGUUGGCCAGCUUCUUUUUGUACUUCUUGCGAAUGUAGUCACUUGACUUCGGAUUGUACGCUUUGAGGUGGUAGGCAAGGUAGGCAAGAGCACUCUUGGUGGGAUCAACGAAAGGGUACUUUGGUUUACAGUAGCCCACAGCACUGAGAGCAUUGAUGACUGAGAUUGCAGCAGACUGUUCGAGGUAGCCAAGCAUAGGAAGUGAGGUUACAGGCAUUGGCAUUUGAGGAGGAGGCAGCUUUGCAGGUAGGCUUGUAAUCUCAUAGUAGUGUGGUCGCCUCAAAUGAGUGGUUUAUUGGAUCAGCUGUACUGUGCUUUACGUGUACAGGUAAUGGAAAUUGAACCAUGACUUGUUGUAGAAAAACUUCAGUAGAGCUCACCGCAUGAAGUGAUCUAAAUUUCUCUCUGAUGCAAAACAGAAAAGUUUAUUUUUGUAUUCUGCAGCAAAGCUAGAUUUUCCUGGAACCAAACUCUCAUAUCUGUGUGAACAAAAUGCUGAAGAAGAGCAAGGCAAUUAUACUCAUACACACCUCUUU